AUAAGGGCUCAACUUUGUUUGUACAGGUUUGUUUAUACAGUUCUAGUCCAAUAUUCAAACAUCUACAGACAUUCAGCUCACAGUCCCCACACAAACAAAAUCAUUCCAUUAUUAUACUAAAACAUUCUUUGAAGUACUUUUGUGUUCUAAAUAUUAUGGUACUGUAUAGGAAUAACAUAUUUGUUUUGUUACAUGGCAGAAAAUAUAUCUGGUGGAAAAAAAAUGGUUUUAAGUUUUAAAAUGGUCUAAGGAUUUUCAUUACAAAACUCACUCUGAACCAUAUGCUGUUUAGUGUUUACCAUUAAAACUAAUAUAAAAUAUGUUUAGUGUUUUUGGCGAUAAUAGUUUUAUUGGUUCCCAUCUGCUAUAUAACACCCCACCCAACACAUUACUCAGAGGCCUGACCUACACAUACGGUAUCAUUAUAUUUUCAUUAAGACAGUCCUAUUAUUCAUUAAAUCCAAUACAAUUUUAGUGCCUUUCUAUCGUUUUUCAGCGGGAAUAGGUAUCUAAAGUCUCUGUUACAUGGGCACAUAUGGGCUGUAAAACGCUGUCUAUGUGGGCAGCUCAUGAGAUUUUGAGACAGAGCCCGCGCUACGUAGGUUUGGAUUUCACCGAGGAGGGGUGUUACCGGACCAAUGCGCUUCAGCUUUACUGCCGAGUCCAUCAGCUGAACGACACCCGCUGAUCCAGAAUAUUGGCGUUGUGGUAUCAAUAUGGAUGGUGACAGUGAAGCCAAAGGUAAACUCAGUGACCAGGCAAUGCAGAACCCACAGGCACUGGCAGCUCUUCAGGACAAAAUAGACAGUGUCUCACAUAGUGCUUCCAUCAUGGAGAGUUUACCCAAGUCUGUGAAAAGAAGAGUCAAUGCCUUAAGGAAUCUUCAGGUCAACAGCACACACAUUGAAGCCAAGUUUUACAAGGAGGUGCAUGAGCUGGAGAGAAAGUAUGCUGCUCUUUAUCAGCCGCUAUUUGACAAAAGAAGAGACAUUGUCUCUGGAAAAGUGGAACCCACUGAGGAAGAGUGUGAAUGGCAGAGUGACCAUGAGGAUGAAGAAGCAUUAGCAGAAGAUUUAAAGAAGAAAGCUGCAAUAGAAGAAAUAACAGAGGAUGCUAAUGAGGAAAAGCCCUCUGGAGUUCCAGAGUUUUGGCUCACCAUAUUCCGUAGUGUGGAUAUGCUGAGUGAUAUGCUGCAGGAACAUGAUGAACCAAUACUUAAACACCUACAAGAUAUUAAAGUAAUAUUUUCUGGACCUGAUCCACCGAUGAGCUUCACAUUAGAGUUUCGCUUUGAACCCAAUGAAUACUUCACCAACACCAUCCUCACUAAAGUAUACAAGAUGAAGUCAGAGCCGGAUACAGACGAUCCGUUUUCAUUUGAAGGACCAGAAAUCAUCGACUGUGAGGGGUGUGAAAUUGAUUGGCACAAAGGCAAAGAUGUAACUGUGAAAACAAUCAAGAAGAAGCAGAAACACAAAGGCAGGGGGACAGCGAGGGUCAUUACCAAACAAGUGCCCAAUGACUCCUUUUUCAACUUUUUCAACCCUAUUAAAGUUUCACCAGAUAAAGAAUUGGAUGAGGAUGCAGAGUAUACCCUAGCCACAGAUUUUGAAAUCGGUCAUUUCUUCAGGGAAAGAAUCGUACCGAGAGCAGUUCUGUAUUUUACAGGAGAAGCUCUGGAAGAUGAUGAGAGUUUUGAGGAAGAAGAACUGGAGGAGGGUGAAGAGGAGGACAAAGACGAUGAGGAUGAGGAUGAUGAAGAAGAGGGGGGUUCGAAUGCUAAGAGUGGGGAUCCUCAGCCUGCAGAGUGCAAACAACAGUAGUUUGGACUGCUUACUCCUGCCACUGUUAAUCUCCGUCAGCUCGCCUAAAAUCAGCUCAAGUGCUGUGCAGUUUCUGCAGAGCACACCAUUCUCACUGAACAACCACGUUGAUGCAGUACAUUGGAAUGAAACCAAGUUUUUUUUCUUUAAAUAUUGCUUCCAAAUUCAACCUGUUGUAGUACAACUCUACUAUAAAUAAAUUGGGCAAUUCCAGGCUACGGUCGGCCUUAGAAUGUAGAUAUAUACAUUGAAAUAGAACGAAACUAUUUUCCUGUACUUUGGAGUGCAGGCAUACUAACUUUUUUUGGAUAUGCCAUUGCGCCAUUUCUGCAGAGAAUGCACAGCCAAGAAAGUUACUUGUUAAUGUUACAUUUCUGUUUUACUUGCAAACAGUGUCUCUUUAAUAAUGUUUUUGAACAGUUUUAACCCUGAGAUUGUAUUCUAACCUUUGUCAAGGUUGUGUUUUACUAAUGGUUUCUCUUCUUACAGAAAUGACCAUUUUUAACACAGCAUAUCUAUUUAUGUACAUUUUGAACAGGAAGGCAUGUUUAUGCACUUAUUUAUUAAUGGAAGUGUGUGGACAUUAGCUAGCUAGCCAACAUACCAGUGUAUGGAUGAUACUCUGGAGGUAUCAGGUAACCCUUGCUUGACUAAUUGUGAUGAAUCAUAUCAGGCCUUUUUAUAAUGUGGAUGUCAGUUUUACUGUAUUGGUUUGGGGUCUCGGUCCUAAUCUGAUUUAGGAAAAAUCUCUGCACUCUACAUUUUACAAUUGUAAGUACCUGUAUGAUUUAUCAAAGUAGUCUGAUGUUUAUGUAUGUAUAAAUGUAAUUAUAUAUGUGUUGUCUAUAAUGCUGGAAUUGCUCAAUUUAGAAAUUCAGAAUAGUAGUCAAUAGGGCAACACUCCACUGCCCUUAGUCACUAAAUUCUGAGUGAACUGCAUAUGAUUAUGUCCUGGAAGUCAUAUUUAUUGUGAUCACAUCCCCAAGGCUUUUUUUCUGAGAUCCAUCACAUCCCAAAGUUGACUGAACUUAAUAUCUUUUGUGACUUGAUCUCACGGGUUACUCAGGGUUUUUUAUGCCAAGAUGACAGUGUGUAUCCAGCUUUUGAAACUGUUAAUAUAAAAUAUAACCUGAUAAUUGUUCUCUCUUUGCCUUGAAAAGGAAGGAAGUCUUUUAGUGUAACCUGAUCUGGAUUUAUUUAUAUACAGUAAAUAGUUUAUUUUCCCUCUUUUUAUGUUUGUUUUGAACUGUGUAUUGGUUUUGUGCUGCUUAUUGGAUCCCCGAGAGAUAUGUUUUGCUGAUGUAUGGAUCGUACUCAGUUGAUUAUAGCCUCUCUUAGCAUUUUUAAAAAUGCUUUGCUGUACUGCCCAAGCACUUACUAAAAACAAUUAAACAUGUUUAUUGCCAAA